AUGAUAGAUGGACAAGCACAGGCCUUCUAUUCUGGAGGCCAUGGCAGGUCUGAAUUACAGAAUUCUCAUAUGUUUCCCCACCAUCCACUAUGUAAAGAUGAAGGCUAUCAAAAGUUUUUGACUUUGGCAGUAAUCAGUAAAGCAGAGGUCAAUGCUUUUACUCAGCAGCCUUUAAAUACAAUGAGUGAAGGAGAUGCCAUUUCCCUCAGCAAUGCUUCUCUGCAGGUGACCCACCGAGAUUCUCUUAAUGUUGAAAGCAGCAGUACAGCUUCAGAGAUCUCUCAGGAUGAAAUACAGAAUGCGAGGCAGAAAGGGGAUUCUGGCUGCAGACUCUACAAAGGAGAUCAUCUUUUUGAGCCAGGAUUGGAAAAUUUGAUAUACAAUUUUGAAGAUUCUUCACAGAAAGUUUUGACACCAUUAGGUGAUACAAGAACAUGCCUUAGCAACAAGGACUCUCUGUAUGUAGCAGACUGGAAGGAAUCCUCAGAUAAUGAAAGAAUAUUCUUCCCUAGGAAAGAAUUGUUAUCCAAAGGAGAAUCAACCCAAUGCAGCAAAAUGCUGGACUGGUCAAAGGAAAGCUCCAUUACUGGAAAAGACUUGAUUAAAAAAGCAUCAUGGGAAACUGAGAAUGAGGAAGUUUCACUGGCAAAAGAAUUGUUACCUUUGGAAGAUGAUCCAUUUGUGAUAAUGGGGGAGUCAUUGCUGGAGUGCAUUGUUAAGGAAUCCCCCAUAAAAGAAGUGUCCUAUUUUCUCACUCAACCCACAGGCUCUUUAAUUAAGAAAAAUCCAUGUUUUGUUACAGAAGAAUUAUUUUUCAGAGGGGACAACUUUAACUUGACUGGCAAAGCAGCCAGUCAUGAAGGAAAUAUGACAGCCACUGAACAACUCGUUGACGGUGCUGAGAACUUGAAGGAUAUUUCUCCAGUCUCUUUGGAUGAAAACAUAGAAUAUAUUCAAGCUCUGAUGAAAUCAAAUAGACUCAUGAAAGAAAAUAUCAAGAGCAACUUAUUACAUUGUUGCAACAAAGAGGAAAGUGUUGGUGGCAGCCUGCUGUCUGCGUCUGGAGCAUGUAUAUCUGACAAGUCUUUAUUCCAUCCUUCUGAGAAGUCACUCAAUGUUCAAGAAGAAUGCAAGCAAGGGGACACAGGUAGUAAAGGAAUUCUCCCAUCUCAUAGUACUAGAAGCUACUGCCUGAGUCCCUAUGAAGAAUCCUUCAAUGUGUAUGAGACAAAAAAUUCAGAGCUUGACCCAGAGAAGUGGCAAUUUCAGGAGCGGGAUGUGGACUUGAAUGAGGUCAUCAAGGGAUUAGAACAGGACCAGCAAACGCAGCAAACCCAAAUCAUGGAUCUUCAGUAUGAUAAUAUUUUUUUGGAGAAGAAGAUUAAAGAAAUAGAGAAGCUGCUGCUUGAAGUGGGAUGUGUAGACUUGGGCGAGGUCAUGAAGAAGAUAGAACAGGACCAAAAGAAACAGCAGACCCAAAUCAUGGAUCUUUACUAUGAUAACAUUUCUUUGGAGACCAAGAUUAAACAGCUACAGGUGGAAAUUGUCCAGCAGCUGCAUUUUAUAGACACCAUAAACCAGCUGAAGAAGAACAUCGAAGAUCUAAUUGAAGAAAAGGACAAGAUCUCUGUGGAGAAGUCUGAGACAGACAGCUGCCUGAAGAAUGUGCAGGAGGCUUUAUCCAGUGCCAGGGACCAUCUUGAGGAAGCUGGGGCUGAAAGAAAUGCCCUUCUGCUGCAGCUGGAAAAACUUAAAACCAAUUAUAGUCUCCUUCAGGAAAAGCAUGAAGCAGAGAUGGAGCAGAAGAUCAAGUCUACGACCCAGUGCUUACAGAUGGAUGAGACUGUACGCAGAAAAGAGCAAGAAAUACAAGAGCUGCAGCAUUUUAAACAAAAAUUGGAGCAUGAAGUCAAGACUGCCACUUCCGUCCUGCACAGACUAAGGGAAGAAAAGGAGAAUGCCGAGAAACAACUCCUGUCCCUUCAGGCAGAACUUCAGAGACAGAAAGAUGACAGGCUGGCAGAAAGGCAGCAGUUGGAGUCCAGAUAUAACAACCUGGUUGUUCAGAUUAAAAUCUUGCAAACAGAAUCUGAAAAUGAACGGGCUGAGACAGAGAAAAUGCAACAGCGGAUCAGUGCAUUCAGAAUAGAGAACCAAGAGCUUCAGCAACAGAUAGUGAAAGACAGAGAGCAAAAUCAUUUUCUCCAGCUUGAAACUGCCAGGUGGAAAGAACAGUAUGACAAAAUCAGGGAGUCACAAAUAGUAAAGGAGCAAAUGCAGUAUCAAAUGAUCCAAACACUCAGACAUAAAACUGGAAUACAGAAGGAAGAACUAAGGAAGAAAGAAGAAGAAAUAGAGUGGAAGAUGCACAUUCUGGGAAGGUUUCUUCUGGAUAUGAAGUCGAUGCAUUCUGAUUUAAUCCAGAAAAACCUCCACAGCGAAGAAGACCGUUUCAGUUCGCCAUAUGUGCAGCGAGCAUCCCAGCUUCUAUCUAAAAUUCGCAGCCUUCUGUCCCUCACAGAGGGCCUACUUAGCUGCCAGGACAUGGAUUCUACUAUUGAAUAUUCCAAGAAGAGUGAAAUGAUUACUGAAUUGGGAGAAAAAAUGAAGAACUUCACCCUUAAAAAGAAAACCUUGGAGAAAGAGUUACAGAAACACAGGGAAAGCAUAGCAGCCAUGAGAGAGUUAAUUAUCCAUGAGAAAGCUUCCCAAGAUCAAGUGACUGAGAUUACAAAACUAGAAAACCAUCUGGCGCUAAAGGAAGAAGAAUGCAAGAGACUCACAGGAGAAAAUGAGAAGCUUCAAGGAGAUUUGGGUAGCUUGACAUGCAAGGUAACAUCAUAUGAGGAAAUUAUUGAAUGUGCUGACCAAAGGCUUGAGAUAGCAAGUUCCCAGAUAUCAUAUUUAGAGAAAAGAAACAAGCAUCUGGAAGACUUAGUAAAGAAGUUCAAAAUGAAAGCAAGAAAGCUGAGACAAAGAUGUUGGUCUGCUUUUCCAAAAGCCAUGACUGAGGGUCAAGAUGUUCAAAAAUCAAAUGGAAACAAUAUAGAUACUAAAGAACAGAAGAUGAAAUAUUCUCUGUAUCACUGUCAGGGCAGCAAAUUGCAUGUGUUCAAGUGAUGUAUUACCAUGGACAAAACACUAUUCAUUUUACACCGUUCCUUUGUAUAUAAAUUACUGAAUUAACAAUGGAAGGAAACUGAAAGUUUGAGGGCAGCUUUUGGAUGCAGUGGAUUCUUUCCUGAGUGCUUUGCAUACUGGACUGGCGAAGGCUUUUCCCAGUUUCAAACUCAAAAUAUAUAUUGCAUUUUGAUUAAUAGUAAAAAAUUCCUACCAGUUUGAUGUUGGAGAUCCUGGUAGUUGACAAGCCUGGGAUUAUUUAUGUUGAGAAGCCAAUGCGGGUAUCUCAUUCUAUGCCUAGCCUAUCUGUGGUGGGGGAUUUAAAAAUAAACUCCAACUUUAAACUGGGAGCAUAUGAAACACUGCAGAUUAUACAAAAGAGUCUGCAUGGAAUAAUGUAAUAAGCAGCUGCAGGUUUAAGGCUCAAUUAUGCAGUGCCUUCUGGAGGAAAUUAAUAAUUCUGUCUUCAGAGCAAGAUUUGGAUACUGUGCAAUAAGACCUGGGGCCAUGCACUGAAUUAUUAAGAGAAAACAAAAUGUUGAAUAGCUGCUUGUUAAGUAAGCACCAUCAAUCCUGAGCACUGAAUGAAGCAAAAAAUAGUAUGUG